UAUUAACUUUUCCCCCCACCCCUUUGGCGCGGGCAACAAGUACAGAGACGCCUCUGUCUCGUAGGGGAAGAGACACACAGAAAGAGAGAGGAAGAGAGAGGGCGAACCAGGAAACGGAGGAGGGAACUUUCUCAUUACCCAAAACAGAAGGCAAGCAGGCAGCAGGGCGACGAUGGCGCAGUUUCAACAGAAGCUCUUCUGGCUGGUGGCGGCUGGCCUGGCUGUGACCCUGCGCACCACCCAGGCAGAGGUCUCCAUCGUCCUUCGCAGCGACCAGGAGGGUCCUGUCCUUGAGGGCGGGAACGUGACUCUGGAGUGCCUGGGCGAUGAAGGAGAGGAGAUGAGCGGAUUCACUUUCCAGAAGUACAGCAAGUGGCUCCACUCCUGGAUCUCCCUCGACAAAGCCAGCGAGAUGCGCUGCUGGUUUUACGACGUCAGCGUCAGCUACGACGACGGCCGCCUCCAGCUGGCCAUCAGUGGACUCAAAUCUUGGCACGCCGGACCCUACCGCUGCGCCGGCUCCAACGUCACCAGCAAUGCCUCUGUCUCCAGUGAGCUGGACCUGCAGAUGGAAUAUCUGCACAGCGUCCUCCUUGCUCGCACAAACACCUGGUGUGGGACAGUAGGAGAUUCUGUCACGAUGCUUGAAGGCAGUGACCUGCACCUUCAGUGCUCUGCAGGCGCUUCGAAGCCCCCGCUCUACGAAUGGACCCGAGAGGGAGACGACUGGGUUCUGGUCUCCAGCGACUUGAUGCUUUCCAAGGUGAACCGGGAGCAAGCCGGGACCUACACUUGCAGGGCGCGACACCCCACCUUGCCCCAGUUGACCAAGAGCAAGUCGAUCCAUCUGUAUGUGGAGGGGAGCGAGCGCGGAUUCACCCUCGAGUCCGUGCUGUCCCUUAGCACCCCAAUGCUGGCCCUGGCUGUGGCAUUGCCUGCAGUGCUGCUACUGCUGGUGAUCCUGGUCUUCGCCUUCCUGAUCCCCCGGCAUCGGGCAGCUGCCAAGAAGAAAGCCGGCCUGGAAGACUCCGGCCAGCGUACCCCAAUCUACAAAGGCAGCCUGGAGUCUGUGCCUUCCUCCGUUGGAGAUACGCAUCCCCUGGUGAUGUAAUAAAGAGGCACAGGGUGAAAUGGAUCUCCCUCCUUUCUUUUGUCACUUUCAAGAUCCAGCUUCUUCGGAAACUAUGGGAUGGUGGGGAUGCUAACAAUGUACAGCGGUUGUUUUUGUGUA